UGUACUAACAACAUCGACCGUCGAUUCCCACACAAUGGCUAUCCGAAUGCCAUUUUCGGCUUUUGGUAUUUGCCUUUCAACAUCAUACAAACAAGAAAUAAAUAAAAACCGAAUGCUGUUGCACAUGAAAAGUGGGAAUGGAAAGCAACGUUACAACGUGAGAAUCAUGUCAUCAAUGAUGAUUUGUGACUCGGAUAUCACACCUGAUCCUACACCAUCAGAGAUGAUAAAAGAGUUCUACAAAUGCAUGAAUGAAAAGAAUGUAAAGCGACUUGAAAACUAUCUCGCCAAAGAUUGUUUCUUUGAGGACUACUCGUUUCCUAAACCGUUCUCUGGCAAAAAGGAGGUUAGCCGUUUUCUUAAACAGCUAACCGCAGGAAUGGGUCCAAACGUUGAGUUUCGUGUUAGUCAUAUCUAUGAAGGUGAUGAUGAUCUGAUAGCUGGAGUCAAUUGGCACCUUGAAUGGAAAAACAAACAGGUGCCAUUCACGAGAGGCUGCAGUCUGUACAGAUUAACAAGGGAAGGAGAAAGAUUAACAAUUAGGAAUGCACAAGUUUUUGUUGAGUCACCAAUCAAACCAGGCGAUCUGUUCCUGGUGUUGUUAAAGAUUGUGACUUCAUUAUUUGAUGCUUUCCCAGAGGCUACUGAAUGGUUCUUUAGGAGUCAGAAAAUGAUAGUCCAAGUAUUGUUGAAGAUCUACAGUAUGUUUUUGGUCCCGUUCAUAAGCCCGAUAGUGUCAUUCUACGUAAACCUUGGGAAAGUAAUCGUGCAAUUCGUGAGCAUCGCACUCAAGAUAUUAGAAUGGUGCUAUAGAUUUUUUACAACAACCGAAAACUAACUUCUUUCAAUACAUUUUUUUUAUGAAUCUUUGAAUGGAUCAUGGUUCAAUUGAUAUUGUAUCAAAUUGUGUGAAGUAAGCUGGCUGCCUUUCAACUUCAAGUUGAUA